AUUUGUCAGUAGUGUUGUGUUUUCAUAUUUUCAGUCUAGCUUUGUAUGUCCCUGUGUGUGUUUGUUGCCUGAUAGUGUCCAAACCGACGGCUGUAAAUUUAUUUUCGAGUAUUUUGUUAGUGUUUAUUCGUGAGCAUUGAAAGUAUAUAUCAAAAUAACAAGAAUGUCAGAAGAAAAUGAUCGAUUUAUAUUAUAUUGUGUGAAGUAAAGUGUGUCUCAGUGCAAUAUUUUAAGAGUGUGAUAUAGCCAGUGGACUUGACCUCGGCGUCUUUCAAAUCAUUAUCCUGUUGUGAUUUAAAUCAAAAUUCAAAAAAUGGCACAAAAUAGCAGACCACACUGGGAUCGCCUUCCCAGUAUUAUUAUGAUUAAAAUAUUUUCAUAUCUUAAACCGAAAGAUAGGAUAAAUGCGUCUGUGGUUUGUAAAGAUUGGAGACAAGCUUAUUUUCAUCCACUAUUUUGGAAAAAUAUAACAUUCUUAUUUAAUAAUAAAAAGACUGCUCCAUGGUCAAGAUAUCUGGCCGAUCGUUUCGCUCUGAGUGUUGAAAAGGCUACUGUAAAAUGUGAUAUCAACUGCUGCAUAGAGCUUGCUUGCUUAUUGGAGAAUUUGUGUAGAAGUAGGAAUUUACGGAAACUAAUGAUAGAACCUUCACUAUCCACAUCUCAGUGGGUUAAUGGGUUCUUAGAUCUGCAUGAAAAUGAAACGUUAAGUAAAUCGAUCCACUUGUCAAUCAUCAGCAUUAUAAAAAAUACUAAACGAUUGGAAACAUUGACACUUGGUUGUGUUGAAGACAUAACACUAUUUGCAAGAGAAAUUCUUGAGUGCCUGAGCAGUUAUCAUAGCGAGCAUCUUACACACCUUGGCCUGGCUUCAGUAAAAGAAAUUCCGGAUAAUUACAAAGUCAUCUCAUUGGAUAGUUUAGUGUUUAAUAAUUUUAAACAUCUUACAAUUCUUACAAUUGAUUACGAUCAUUUGAACGACAUUCUCUUGGAUUCUUUUACCACUGGAACUUUAGAAAGAUUGGUUGUUCAUGUCCAUGAUUGGCAUCAAAAUCGUGGAGCAAGCAACAGGUCGUGGAUUUUAUUUACUCACAAUAACCCUCGUUGUGAAAUGAGAAUAAAUUUUUUACAUGCAUAUGCAGCUAUACUAUACGCACAUUCUGAUAUACUGAAACCUGCAAUGCCCUUAACUCAUUUUAAAGCUUUAUUUUGUGAAAAAGUCAACGUUAGAGUGAUGUAUGCUCUCGUUGCAUAUUAUUAUAGAACAUUGAGGUCUGUUAUAUGGAUUGAUUCAAUAAAUGAAGAAGAAUUAUUUCCACCAUCAGAUGCACAGUCAAAUCCUGAUGGUUUAGUAUUUAUAGCUUGGCGUUGUUUCCGUCUUGAAGAAUUAGUAUACAUUGGACACAAAUACUUUCCACAAAAUAUGCUUGCUAUUGCACGAUUAAGAGGAGAUACUCUUCAAAAGUGCGAGUUUUCAGAAAACGAUAUGAUGAAUGAAAGUGACACAUCUUACAAACUUGAAGAAAUUUAUCGUGAAAUAAACAAAAUACUCGGAGCUAAAUGGAAAAUAUAUUCAUACUGGGAUUUAUUACCAGUAUUAACAGACCCUUUCAAAGGCGACAGCAGGGACGUAAUUAUGCCAUUAAUAAUAGAUGACGUAAAAUAACUUUGUUUAAUCUUAUUUUUAUAAAACACGAAUCUUAUUUAUCAUUAACCAUCACAUGAUAUCAUGAUCAAACUCAAACUACAGAUCUGGUGAAUUCAUAAUUUUUUUUCUAAUAUGCAUUUACAAACUAUCACAUUUUCGUGUUAUAUUGAAGAAUCAAAAAAAUCUAAUGAAUCAGAACGGCCAGUGAAUGAAAUUUCGUAAAUAACGUAAAUGGCUUCCUACAAAAAAUAUUAUUUGCUCUGUACUUGACUUUAAGUUAAAUUAUUGGAAGAUAAAAAUGACAACAAGGAUUAAAAUAAUCCUUAGAUGACUAUGACUGAAUUAGUGGUCUAUAAAAAUUUAAAAUAGUCAAGAAUGACGUACAUAGUGCAAUGCAAGAGCUAGACAAAAAAAAUAAAAUCACAAGUGAUCUUUCAACUAAGAAUAAAGUGAUUCCUGAGUUAAAAUAGGAAAAUUAUUUGCAGAUGUUUUUUCAACUAUGCUAGAACUUAGAUUAGUCGAGGAGUAAAUUUGUAUUACUCUUAAAAGAAAAAAAUGAUUUAUGAAGCCUCAUAAAGUCAGGUAAAAUGUAGACAUUCAAAAAAGAAAAAUAAUCGCGUAGAUCGCGAAAAUAUACAGCGGACCGAGGUUAUUUUUAAUACGACAACCGAUCGGACGCACAUCUUCUUAUACGCAUUAAUAUGGCGUUCUGCUCUCUUUUAUUUAAGUUGAGAGCUUUGUAAUUCUUAAUUGUAAUAUGAGACAUAGCUCAAAGCCGAUGACAACGAUGUAUAAAUCUAUUUUUCAACUAGGCAAAGUAGUUUGCUAGUUGUAAAUAGAUUCAUAUAUUUCAGCGCACACGCAUACAUAUGUGUAAGAAAUCAAGGUCUUAAUUGUUUGAAUAAAGCAAAAUAUAAAAAUAAAAUACAAUAUUAGAAACUAUUGAAAAAAAGUUUCAACUGCAAAAAAAUUUAUAAACAGCAGUAAAAACGGAUAAAGAUCUUGUAUGUGACAAAAAAAUUUUAAUAUUUGAGGAAACUUAACACUUUUAAUAUCUUGAACAAUCAAUGUCCAUUACUAUGUCUCGUGUUCAUAUAUGUUAUAAUAAUUUCAAUUAAUUUUAUUUUGACGCAAUUGUUCAAAUUUUAUUGUGUUAGAUAAAAUGAGUAUUCUAUUAGAAAUCUAUUGAUGUAAAUUAAAACAUGUAUGUAUACUUGUCGUAUUUAAUACCAAAAAUAAUUAAAACAUAUGCAUAUUGCGUGGAAAGUAUAUUAAAAAUUGUCGAAUUAACAAGAAAUGUAGAACGGGCCUUAACAUGUACCUGAGACGUUUGUAUAUAAACGCUGACGAUCAAUUUGCGAGAAUGUAAAAUAAAUCCACGCCCAUGGCCCUGCGCAAUUAAAUAAUUGGUUAAUUAAGUAAAAAUAAUUAUUCGAGCCAUAAAUGAAACGAUCGUUAUAUUACAAUGGAUAAUCUUUCAUGUUAUACAUCUUCUUUUGUUUUUAGAUCACUGUAAGCCUGGUUUUGUAAACAGUCAAAAAUAUUGCAAUGUAAUGAGAGAAAGAGGAAAAAGUGUGAAAAAGCUAAACAUUCAUUAAAAAAUGUAUUAGGCAUUGUACAAUGAUAAUGUCAGAAUAUCUAUGGGUAUAAUUGAAAUAAACAAAGUGAUAAUGCGUGAUCGUCUUCUAGGGGUGAAGUAAACCUCUUGUACAAAGCUAGAUUAUAAAAAACCACGUGCAGCCAUUCCGUACGAUCACGGUAUUUAUGAUUAGAUGAAAAUUAUAAUAACUAGAAAUGAAAACAAGCGAAUAAUAACAAACGAUUUAUAAGACUGAGCUUGCCAAAAGCAAAUACACAACUAGAGCUGGAUAGGCAACACGUAUUAAGGCUUUCAUUCAUGACUUAUGACCAACGAUGACUUUUCUCAUCAUGUAAUCACUCCCAAUUGGUUUGAGUUUAUUUUCAUCUAGAAAAAAGUAAGCAAGUACGAAUUAUAUAGUAAAACCAUGAAUGCAAGUCUAGUUUAGAAGACGACACGUCAAAUAGUGUAGAUCUGAAGCCCUGAGCUCACUCGAAGUCAGAAAAAAAUGUCCCCAGUCAAAGAAAUGAAUAUUUAAAAAGUAAUCAUAAAUAUUUAAAAUCUAUGUUAUUUCUUAAUAAUAGCCUGCCAGGAAUCAAAAUAAUUGUAAAAUAAUAUCAAACAAAAGCAUAUUAGCGAGAUAAAGCGCGUUAAGAUCUAUUUUGUAAGAAGCGACUGUAUAUUUUUCUACUAGGGCAGGCCUGAGUGAUACGUGAAAUUCUGGAUGUAUACAAAUAAUCGAUUUAAGAAAUCCAGCAUUAUAUCUGUGAUGAACAACAUGGAAUAAAUUAUAGAACCUGGGGAUUGAUGAUACGCUGAUAAAAUAACUAAUGAUGUAGAAACACUAAUUAAAUAAAGUAAUAAUUGUAUCAAUGGGUUUAAUACUGACGAGUGAGCUAAUGCUGAUAAAGGGCGAGCAAAAGAAACAUCUGUGAUAAAAUAAUUAAACAAAAGUUAAAAUCUUAGAAAUAUACAAGAGAGGUAGAGUGUACGAGCGAGAGGAGGAGAGAAAGAGAACGAGCGUGUGAGAAAAUUUCAAAGAAAGCGGUUUUAUCUGCUCAUUACGCCAGUUAAAUUUGGCAAGUAUAAGAUGGUUAGAGAUUGAAUUGACAUGACACUUGUAUAAAUAAUCAAACUAAAUUUAUGUUUAAUCUCCUAAGGAUCCUCUUGCUGAUAAGUAAUUAAGUACCUAUACCGUUUAUCCCCUUGUAAUCAAAGCAAGCUUGUGAAAAGGAACUUUAUUAGUUUGAAUGAAGCUUUGCCAGAACAUUAUUUAUUAUCUAAAGACUGUCAUUCCAUUUUCUUGUAUAUCUUACAAUCUAACUCAGUUAAUUUGUGGUCAAAUGAAAUAUCCAUUUCACAGUGAGUUCAAUGUUCUGGUAUCUGCUACAUUUUCUUGUAGACCAUCUGAAAAGAUUACUACAUCAUCAGUAUUAUGAGUUCCUUUGCUAUGAACUUGAAGAUUAUUCGAAAAACAAAAUGUCAAUACAAAUAAUUAAUAUGAAGAAAUGCAUAUUUAAUAAUUGAAUACACUCAACUGUGUUUAAUUACUUCUUUUUUGACUAUGAAAAAGAUAAAAAGUGAAUUUCAUACAAUAAGUGGUCAAAUUUUUAUUGCAAUAUUUACAUUUAAGAUCAUUCCACUUCCAAGGAAUCGAUAAUUUCAGAGAAAGAACAUAUUUAAAGGUUAAUUCAUUUGAAGAAGAAAAAAGUUUAUCUUGUAGAAAUAUUUUAACAAAUACGCACACAUUAUUAUGUGAAAAACUUCUAUUUGUUCAUCUGGUCUUUUCUCGUCUUUCCCUUGCUCUAACAACACUUUUAAAUAAUGAAAGUAGAGAGCAAAUUUUACGUCGCAAUUAAUAAAGUGAGAAUCAAAAGUUAUAAGAAACUACUAUGUGUAACAAAUACAAUCUCAAUGUUUAUGAUUAAUCAUCAAUGAUAUAAACGAAUAUUAGAGAAUAAUGAAACAAUUCCUAAUUGAUUGAUCUAAAAUUUUUAUUAAUUGAAAAAUGUUAAAUUAUUUCUAAUUAAAAGUUAUUUAUUAUAUGUAUAUAAAUAACUAAUUGUCUAUUUCUCACGUAUAUAUAUGUAUAUUCAAUAUAAGAUUAAUAACAUUUUACUCAAAAUUUAGAUCUUUCUCAAUGAUAUCAACAUUUUUUGAAUUUAUCAUAUUGAACAACCUUUUUCGGUACAAAUAUUAUUAUAUCAAUAACAAUAAUCACAUUAUCAUAGCUCUCAUUAAUAAUUUGAUCUUCUCUUUAAGAAAUAUAGAUACUAGACUUAUAAUCGUUUAUAUUUUAUUUCACUUAAAAAUAUUUUUGAUCUAUUUUCUUUUUUGAUUUACCUCUUGAUAUAUUAAUGAGAGUUGAUAAUAAACAAUUUUUUAAUCUCACACCAAUUGCGACCCUAGCUAAUUAGAGUAUUGAGUAAAAAUAAUUAAAUAAAGUAAAGAAUAUGAUGAUCUGCGGACAGCCCGCACAAUUGUAUAGAGAAUAAUAUAAAUAAAAUAUUCACUCAACCAUCAGAGUUGAUAUAAAAAUGGAA